UCGGGACGCCACACUCGCGAGGCAGUCGUGAUCGCACAUGGGUACUAGGCCCAAUGUGACGUUUAAUUCUGCGCCAGUAACGCGCCAGUGAUGCACUAUUUACUCGCCACACCCAGCAGCGACGCAAAGAGACUGAAACGCACAGAUUUCGUUAGAAGACGACAGAUCCAAAGGCGAGCGAUAUCUCUUCGUUUCAUGAAGGAUAAAAGGCAAUCAGACAGUAAAAGACAAAGGAGGCAACAGUGGUUUGGACAGUGCAACAUCCAUCCAAGUCAUCUCUCUCCUGAAGUGUCUGGCUAAUGGAGGCCGGACAAUCAUCUGCACUAUUCAUCAGCCCAGCGGCAACCUCUUUCUGAUGUUUGAUUAGCUGUUCAUUCUCAGCCAAGGCCAAUGUAUAUACAGAGGCGCAGUCUCCCAUCUCGUCCCUCACCUGACCGCCCACAACCUUCAUUGCCCAAAGUUUCACAAUCCAGCAGAUUUCAUCAUAGAGGUGGCGACGGGAACCCACGGAGACAUGCAGGCCGUGUUAUUUCAGGCCGCUCAAAGCAGCCCGUGCUGUGAGAAGAGCGUCGAGGACAACCAGGGUUCCUCCGGGCAUUUGGAAUCGGAGCUAACGCCCUUUGCCGUGCCGAACUUUGCCACGAGUAUGUUCAAACAAUUCUACAUCCUCUUUAAAAGGAACCUGACAAUGAUGGGGAGAGACAAGAUGCUGACCUCCCUGAGGGUUGCCUCUCACCUGGCGAUGGGACUCCUGAUCGGCCUGCUUUACUUCGGCCUCGGAAACGACGCCAAGUUUGCCCAGGACAACACCGCCUUCCUUUUCUUCUCCAUGCUGUUCCUCAUGUUUGCCGCCCUGAUGCCCACCGUUCUGACCUUUCCUACGGAAAUGUCCCUGUUUAUCAGGGAACACUUAAACUCCUGGUACAGCCUCCAUGCGCACUACGUGGCGAAAACAUGUGCGGACGUAUCGUUUCAGGUGACCUGUCCAUUCCUGUACUGCACUAUUGCAUACCUGAUGACGAGCCAGCCUCCAGAGGCCGUUCGCUUCUUGCUCUUUGUCUCCUUUUCUACAUCAGUCGCUCUGGUCGCUCAGUCACUGGGGCUGCUCGUAGGGGCAGCAUCUCCGUCGCCGCAGGUCGCCAACUUUGCCGGGCCGAUCACAGCCAUUCCCAUCGUCUUGUUCUCGGGAUUUUUCAUCAAUUUCCAAGCCAUUCCUAAUUAUCUUCGCUGGGUCUCUUACAUGUCCUAUGUCAGGUACGGCUUCGAGGGAGUGCUCGUCUCCAUCUAUGGGAUGGAUCGCGAAAAUCUGGAAUGUAAGGUGGAGAUGUGCAACUCUGAAGAUCCCCAAAACAUCCUGCAAAUGCUGGAUGUGGCAGAAAGCAAGAUCAACAUGGAUUUCAUUAUCUUAGGAGUUUUCUUCACCAUCAUCAGGGGGGCAACUUAUCUCGUUCUGCGCUACAGAGUGAGAGCAACCCGUUAAUUUCGAGUAAAUGUGCGUUGACCGGGAUGUUACCGCAACCUUUGCUGGUCAAAUUUAAAUUCGGUUGUAGUUUACCACGAGUGUGCUAGUAUUAUGUUAACUGCAAAUGUUUUUGUCAAGUAAAAGCUUGCUAAAUUUUUUUUAUAUUAAUGAUUUGAGCUGUUUCUGUGGAAAUGACCUGGAAACAAUAAUGCCUUUAUGUUUUGGAUGUGUGAAAACCAAACAGUUUUGGACUACUUUGAAACCCUUUUUUUUUUCUUCUUCUUUUCAUGAUUCUAGCGGCCCCUAUUAUCAUUUUACCCAGAUUUCGAACAACUCGCAAAUGUUUUUGUGUGUUUGUAUGUGGAAUGAAACUGUGGAACAAUUUAGACAAACACUUCAAGCACUGUCCAAAUAUCCCAAAAUUUAAAUUGUUGUAUAAAGACAUGGUCUGGUCAAAAUAUAAUGACAUUUACUGACAAUUUUGUUGCUGUUCUUGUAGAAUUGCUGUGUAUAUACGUAUAUAUCAAGAAUUAUUAUAAAUUAAAUUAAUUAAGGUUUACAGCAAUCAUUUCAAGAACAUAGCUCGCUCUUCGCCCCUCUCUCACAUUCUCCGCGAAUAAUCUCUAUAUUAAUGAUUUGUGCUGUUUCUGUGGAAAUGACCUGGAAACAAUAAGAAUUAUUAUUAUUAACGAGCCAACUCUGUUGGUCUAGUUGGGUUUUUAUUGGUUUAGUUGUCUUUGUUUUCUUUCUCUCUCUUCAUUGUGUGGACUUAAAGUCAAAGGACAGGAGUAUCCCACAAAAUAAGACUGCUGGACAAUGAUAUCAGGGGUUAGAUUAAAUCAAUUUUUCUUCUUACCACUCCCUUUCGAGCGCAAAUAGUUAUUUUGAAUUAUACUGUAUUUCAUUUUCUUGUGCAUGUUUGAAAUAAAGCUUCA